AUGGCCGUUCCGUCUCUGAAAUUGGAAGGGGCACUCGCUCGAUCAACGCUCCCCUCGAUCUCCAUUCUCCAUCCGAUCGCUGCGCCUCGUGUGGCAUUGUUUUCGAGCUCGCCUCUUCUCCCACGGAAACUUCUACCUUGCUACAUUUCCGGCAGGAGCUUUAGAUUCGUAGUAAAAGCCUCCGUCCAGACCGCCUCUGAAGGGCUUCAGAUCAAAGCGAUCCCCACGAAGCCAGUCGAAGGGCAGAAAACUGGGACUAGCGGACUCAGAAAGAAGGUUAAGGUCUUUCAACAAGAGAAUUACCUGGCCAACUGGAUUCAGGUAUGUGAAUUCCUUCUGUUUGAAUUGUUUGCGAUGAGUGAUUGGAAGAUUCAAAUCUUAAUGGUUGCGAUGGCUCAGAAGGAGAUAAAAGCAUCAACAAUGAUCUACUGGAGGGGAAGAAUAUGAUUAGGGCACGAGAUGUACCUUAGGUGCUAGGCGACGAUCUAGGGCACGGAAGAAAGCUUGCUUCAGUGUGUCCGUGACCAGGAGAGGGAAGAUCGAGUGUGGUUGGACGACCCUCGGGUCCCUGAACACCUUCUCACGCCGGCGAUCGGGUGGCACCGACUCGAUCCAGUGGCGCCGGACAAAACUAGGGCAGAGGCACGAGAGGGAUCGGACUGUCGGUGUGAUCGAGGCUGAGGUGGGCAUUGGCGAAGUGGAGAUCAGAGAAGA